UAUCUAAAAUACAAAGCACUGACCAUUUAAAGUGUGAGCCUGUACAUCUUGAAAGAGUUAUAAACAUUUACAGUUCUAUAGUGUUAUUAUGUGCCUAGAUAGUCUUUAAAAUAAAAUUAGUUUACCCCAAAAUGAAAUUUCUCUCAUCAUUUACUCAUGCCAUCCCAGAUGUGUAUGACUUUCUGUCUUCUGCUGAACACAAAUGAAGCUUUUUAGAAGAAUUUCUCAGUUCUGUUGGUACUUUCAAUGCAAGUGAAUGGUGAUCAGAACUCAGAAGGUACAAAAAUCACAUAAAUGCAGCAUAAAAGUAAAACAUUCAACUCCAGUGGUUUAAUCUAUGUCUUCAGAAGCGAUAUGAUAGGUGUGGGUGAGAAACAGAUCAAUAUUUAAGUUUGUUUUUUUGUUUUUUUACUAUAAAUUCUCCUCCGUCCAGUAGGGGGCGAUAUGCUUAGGUAAAUCACCAAAAACAGAAGAAGAACUCUUAAGAGAGAAGAGUGCUUAUGAAAGUGAAAGUGGAGAUUUAUAGUAAAAAAUGACUUAAUUAUUGAUCUGUUUCUCACCACUUCUCAUUUACUUGCAUUGAAUGGACCAACAGUUCUUCUAAACAUCUUCAUUCAUGUUCUGCAAAAGAAAGUCAUACACAUCUGGGAUGGCAUGAGGGUGAGGAAAUGAUCAAAUAUCCCUUUAACAUUCACUUAUUUUUACAACACAUACAAUGAUGUCUUACGACAAAGUGAAAAUCUUAGUGAAUGCCGUAUGUGGUAUAAUGACAUGGAAAGCUUAAAUAAUUUUCAAGUAAUUACAUAUAUUGCAUAUUUUUGAGUGAUCUUGUUUUAUUGUUAUCAUCUUCACCUCCAACCCCCCUUUUGGGUGUGGGCUGACUUGGAUAUGACAUCCCGGGCUGAAUAUGAAUCCCACUCCGGCCCUAUUUAGAGGUAGGACAGACGGCUCAUUUAACAACUAAAAACGGCCGUUAAAUGAGAUCUUCAGACGAUCAAAUUAAGACCAUAAAAACAGAAUGCGAUCAUUUCCAGAUCAUCCGCUCUUUCACAGACGUCUCCACGAUGUACGUGUGCUAUCUGGGAAGAAGAAAAAGGUGAUCCACCAUUAGAGGAAGCAAGAACAACAACAACAGAACAAUGGAGAAGUAUAUGUCCGUUGACUACUGCUUGACAGUACAGCCCAACUGUGCGUAUUGCCACCUACUGGACUCUUCUAUCUCAACUUCUAUCAGGACACUAUUGAUGAGGAAAAUUACGUCACGCGGACUGUGCGCGGACCGUCGCAGUACGCAGACAGGCGAACCUUUAUACUUCUGGCAAAUAUGUCCUCCAAAAAGAGACACCAGUACAGUAGCUUGAUGACGUCCAAAGAGCGUAAGAGGCAGUACAACAAAAUCUGGGCUAGAGUGUCAAGGGCACAAAAGAAGGCAGCCAACAAAGAAAUGAUCAGUUCAGUUGAGAUGGCCAGCAUUGCUGAAAGUGACAGCCUUAAUCACAACCAGCACUUUGAGGUGGAUAAUCUUAACAUGUUUUCAGAUCCAGCCUUGUCAAGUUCUGAGAGCGAACAAGAUAUGACACCCACGCUCAGGAAAGAACUUUCAGAAUGGGCAUGUAUGUUUCAAGUUAAACAUAAUGCUUUGGAUGCUCUCUUAAACAUCCUUAAAAGACAUGGGCAUGCAGAAUUCCCCCAUACUGCAAGGACACUCUUUGGAAACGAGAACCAUUAUGAACAUACUACCAAAGAUGGUGUUGAGAGUGUACAGUUUAAAGUGGCAGAUCAGCUCUCAAAACAUCUGAGCAAAUAUCCUGCAGCUGUGACAGACCAUCUGCAGUCACUUGACCUCUCCAUAAACGUUGAUGGGCUGCCAUUAUUCAAAAGCUCAAACCUAUCCCUCUGGCCAGUUCUCUGUUCCAUAAACUUGUCACCAGAAUGCAUUUUCCCCCUGUGCAUAUCUACUGCUGCAUCCAAACCCAAAACUCUAAACUUUGUCAAUGACACUGUUCAGGAAUUGGCAGAACUAAUCCAGGAUGGUCUGACCUGGGGAGGCAAAUGCUUAAACAUCCAACUAAGAUGUGUUACCUGUGAUGCUCCAGCAAAAGCUAUGGUCAAGUGUGUAAAGCAGUUUUCUGGAUACUAUGGGUGUGAUAGGUGCAACCAGAGGGGAUCCUGGUAUGGUCGGAUGAUAUAUCCUGAAACAAAUAACCUGAUCAUGAGGACAGAUUAAUCAUUCAGGGAGUGCUGGCUACCUGAACACCAUCAAGAAGAGCAGAUCUCACCCUUCUCUGUCCUCCCAAUUGACAUGAUCAAAUCAUUCCCCAUAGAUUAUAUGCACCAGAGCUGUCUUGGGGUAAUGAAAAAGUUGCUGCUGUUGUGGACAAGAGGCAGAAGAGAUUUCCGGAUGUCAUCAGGAGAUGUGACCCGUGUAAGCGAGAGGCUGGUGACACUAAAGAAAUCUAUUCCUGACUGCUUUGCCAGGAAACCAAGGGGCUUGCAGGAAAUUGAACGUUGGAAAGCAACAGAGUUCAGACAGUUUGCUCUGUACACAGGGAAGAUUGUUCUGAAGGGAGUUCUACAAGAUCAGCUGUAUGAACAUUUCUUGUGUUUCAGCACAGCUCUUUGCAUUUUAGUGAGCCCAGAUCUUACAAAGGCACAAGGGCCUUAUGCAAACCAGCUGCUGAAAUAUUUUGUGGAGAGAGGACGGGAGCUAUAUGGGGAGACAUUUUUAGUUUACAAUGUCCAUUCCUUGCUGCACCUUGCAGAAGAUGCCCAAAACUUUGGCAGCCUUGACAACUGCAGUGCAUUCAAGUUUGAGAGCUAUCUUCAUCAGAUGAAGAAACUGGUCCGCUCUGGGAAAAAUGUUUUAGCACAAGUUGCAAAUCGUCUGGAGGAAACAUCAAAGUCGAAGAUAGAAAACAAGGAAAAGUUGAUGUCAUUCAAGUGCCCAAACAAUGUGUUUGUGUUAAGCCCUGAACAAUGUUGCGAGGUGGUGUCAGAAGAAGUGGACAGCACAGUGUUAUGCAAGGUGUACACAAAUUUACAGCCAUAUCUGAUGACACCAUGUGAUUCCCGUCUGUAUGGAACAUACAUGACUAACAUUAGGCAUUCUCAAAUGCUUUGUCUAGACAGAAAGUCACUUCAGAGGAGGGCAUUCAUCGUGGAGGAAAACCAUGGGAUCAGAAUUGUGGUGUCCAUACUUCAUACUUUCUAGGGUGUGACAAAAUGUACAUAAAUGGAGUAGUUCACCUUGAACUAUUCCUUGAAGUAUUCCUUUCGCUCCCUGAGUCUCUGCCUCCUGAAGCUUUACCCCAUGAAUCUCUGCCUCCUACAGCUUUCUCCCUUCUUCUAGUGACUUGCUCUCCAGCGCCAUAUGUCCUUUUGAAAAUUGGACCAUGCAUGUAGAAAACAAGGCCAAAAACAACCUAGAUGUUUCCAGUUAAAAAAAAUAAAAUAAAAUAAAAUUUGGAAAACACAGUUUAAGCAUGAGGUUAGAGAAAGUAGCCAAUGGUUGUCUAUUAAUAGGUAAUUUUGUACAAUUCAUGUGUGUAUUGCAAGCUGAACUUACAGAUCUAUCUGAACUUUACUUACAGGUUUAUCUGCACUAUGUUGUGCUCCAUUUCAUUGAGCAAAAUGAGGUUGAGGUGGCACCAUCCUUGUGGUUAGAGUGGAAUGAUGGGGUAGGAUUUAGUCCAUAUGUUUUUUAUAAAACAAAUGAUAAACAUUAAACAAGGUCAACUACAUGCAUAUAAAAAAUUAAACAAACAUUAUUGUUUCUGUCUGAAAGAUAUUGUUUUGCUAUUGGCCUAAUUCAAAUGCUGGGAACACGGUCAAAAAAUUUGCCAUUCCAGACAAACAUCUACCAAGGUUCUUUUUAAUCUCAACAAAUACCGGCAACCAUUCCUAAAAUAUAAAUGUUUAUAUAAUGUAUAUUAAGCAAAAGUUGUGCUAUUUUGAGAACAGACAGUAACAACAUGGCAAGAUAUCGGGCCCAAAAAGCACUGGAAACCUCUCAGGUUGAUGAAAAUAGUGUACGAAAGAUCAUCCCACCAAGACGAUUUAGAGGUAUCAGAUCUGUGCUGACACUGUAAAUAAGGUAAGGUUCUUUACAUUGAAAGACAAUUGCAGUUUUAACUUUUGUUUCUUGCAGAAGAAUUCCAGCCCAGCAAGCCCAGAAGGGCACAACAGACACAACACUAUAAGUAUUCAUAUAAAACAAAUGAAGAUGGAAUGAUCAAGGAAAGCCAAAAUGCAUGUUGUCUAUACAUAUUUUCUUUAAAUGCUCAUUUUGUUUUACAGUUCAAGAGGACAGUGAAUCACCUCAAGAUGAGAUUUCCAGUUUGAGAGCGAAUAAAAUAAAUAAAAGGUCAAGAUCAACAGCAAUUGCACCUGAGUCUGAGGAGACUGAUGAAGGUAAGGUCACUAUGAUUUACUUUCAUAUGUUUUCCUGUGGAGGAAUUAGAAGAGCUGUGUAAUAAGCUGAAAGAUCCUGACUUUCGAAAGAAGAUGGUAUGUGCCAUAACACAAGCAACAUUAUUGUUAACCUGUAAUAAUUUAAAAACCAUUUACUCUUGUGUUUAAUUACUGAUUGUUUUUGUUUGUAGAUUCGUUAUCUGGAGGCAGCUUGGGAGGUGGAAUUAGGAGGAUGCUGAAAAAAAUUGGAGAUAACUCCUUAUGGGGACAGUACAGUUACAAAGGGAGAAAGGGAAAACUUAAAUUUCAGCACCUCCUUAUCAAUGAUGUCGUCAUACGUAACUUGCCACUAAUGACUAAUAAUGUGUCUGUGUCAAUCCCCAAGAUCUCAAAAAUUAUUUGAAAUGUAAAUAGGUUGUAAAUUAGAAUGACAUUGUAAAUGUAAAAGUUGUUAGUUCUCAGUACAUAAAUAUUCAUAGCAGUUAAUGGUCUAUUUUGAAAACAAUAUUAAUGUUUGACGCUUUUGGAAUAGAACUUUCUACAUCUGAGUUCUAGUUUUAAUAACUGUGAUCUCUGUAUUGAAUCAAGGUGCCUGUAGUAAGGCAUACCCACACCAAAAAUCCCAGUGUGUGGAGGAAAUGAUUGCUGUGACCCUAAAACAUGCACCAGAUCGUGCAAAAACAGCUAAUCAGGUUUGAAGCCAACGGGAAGAAUUGCCAUCGGAAUAACCCCACAGCUGACAACCAGAGACACACACACACAACUGCUAUAAGCGUGUUUGCCUGACACACACACACAGAAAGAGCACAGC